UCUAAUGGCGUCAGGAGCCAAGCACUGUUGUCACAUUUUGCCCUACAGUGUUUCAAUAUUUCGCUUUGUUUAUGUCGCCCGCGGCCCGCGGGACGAGGACGAGCAGCCCGGCCGGGCGCGCGAAUUACGCUAAACGGAGAUUUGGCAUGUAUAGAUAGGUGAAAGGUUGCGAAAGACUGUUACUAGUCGUUGUAUCCAGAAUACUCAGUUAUGGAAGUUACAACGGAGGAGGCUCAGGCGGUGCUUCUGGAGGGCAUGGAGGGUGCUCAGUACAUCGCCAUCCAGAGGGCCGACGGCGAGUCGUUGAGCAAGGCGGUGCCGCUGAUACUGAGCAGCGAUUUGAUCUCGGAGGGCAUGGUCGUGGACAUGAUCAACGCCGGCGUCGGCACGGACUACGGCGCGGGCGCGCAAUACUACGAGACGGACGACCUGCUGACGUCCACGUUAAACAAUUCGCACGAAUUGACAGAGAAUGUGAACUGUGUGAUGCAGGAGGACCGCAGACUCGCCGCGGCCCUGGUCGCGGUGCAGCUGCAUCAGCAGCAGAAGCAGCAGCAGCAGCUCCACAUCCAGUCGCAGCACGACGACCCGACGCUACCGGACGUUUCGCACCUCGAGACCCUGGCGCCGGUGAACUCGUACGCCAUUCAAGCGGUGCCGGAACCGAACGCCGCCCCGUCCGUGUACCCACCGCUGCAACCCUUCAAGAGGAUCACGCAGAACGUGAAGCAGGAGUUUAUCAACGUCAAAAGUGAAUACGACGUUGAGGUCUCCACGGAGAGCAGUGAGGACGCCGCGUCGGCAUCCGGACCCAAGCGAACGCUGCCGCACAAGAAGAGGAUACCUCGUAAGCUGAAGCAGCAGCAGAACGCGAAGAAGAACGCGGCGCGGAAAGACAGUAGUAAAUCGAGUCAGGAGAAUGCGGCGAUCGAGUCGACUAGCGAAGCCCAGGCUAACGUCUUCAAGUGUGAAUUGUGUAGUUCUGAAUUUAGCAUUCAGUUGAAAUUCUUCGAACACUUAAAGGCGCACUAUGAACCGGUAAAACAGGAGACGCGAAUAGCUCAAGCGACAAAUACUAAUAUCUCGAUAUCAGUGCCGGAAACAGUACACAGAACAGUACUAGAGAAUACCGUGAUUGAGGAAUUCAGUGAACCUGAAGAUCUCAUGGAGGGUAUUCGAAACGUAGUGGAAGAAACCGGCGCGCGUAUCGACGACGAUACGGAUUCUCCGCUACCCACUGCGAACAACGAAUCGACCAUGUGGACCAUCAACGUGACCGGCGUCACGGAAGAGGUGCAACAGAGGGACCAACAAAUAAGACCACCGACCAUAAGCGAGAGCAAAAGCCCCGACGAGAAAGCAAAGACUGACAUUCCACAGACGGCCAAAAAAAAGAAAUCGCCGAAAACACGAAAGUCAAAUGACGAAUUAACGUGUCCUCAGUGCAAUCGUUCAUUCCACCAUAAGAAUAGCUUAGUUUAUCACAUGCGAUCUCACAGCGGGGAACGGCCGCAUCAGUGCGAUAUCUGUAGUAAACGUUUCUUUGCCGCCAGCGCGUUGAAAGUACACAAGAGACUUCACAGCGGCGACAAGCCGUACAAGUGCGAGGAAUGCGGGCGGCACUUCCGGCAGUGGGGCGACUUGAAGUAUCACUCGACGAGUAUCCACUCGGAGCACAAGCAGUACCAGUGCGAGUACUGCGCCAAGGAGUUCGCCCGGAAGUACUCGCUGAUCGUGCACAGGCGCAUCCACACCGGCGAGAAGAACUACCGCUGCGAGUUCUGCAACAAGACGUUCCGCGCGAGCAGUUACUUGCAGAAUCACCGUCGCAUACACACCGGCGAGAAGCCGCAUCCGUGCGAGAUGUGCGGCAAGCCGUUCCGCGUGCGGAGCGACAUGAAGAGGCACAUGCACACGCACUCCCGCACGAAGACGAAUGACAAGCAGCCGUUGAACAGAAUCCUGACGGGGAAGAACGGAGCGGAGGAGGCGACGAUGGAGGUGGCCGACAAGGGGGCGCAGGCGAAAACGAUUCAGGAUUUCGUGAGAGACCUGAAACUGGAGGUCGAAGCGACGGGUGUUGUGGAGAUCGUCCCGCCGGAUGACAAUCCGGAGAGCAUUUUGCCGCAUACUGGUGGACAGACCUUAGAAUAUACCGUGCCGUCUACGGCGGACGCUGUAAAUGCGGACAGAGAUCCUCUGGAAGCGGUUGUGCGACCUGACAGCAUGCAAUAUUUCUUUAUGUAAUCGUGAAAAUCUCAAGAGAAGAAAGUGUAUUCCACAGCACAAGGAUAAUUAUUUAUGAAGAAAUAUUGGUACUCAAACGGUCUGUAAUGCAAAUAUCAUGUUUCAUAAAAAUGACUUUUAGUAGCAUUGGACUGAUAUUCGAAGCGAUAAUAGUUUCAUUUUUAAAUAAAAAUGACUUACGUGCAUAAUUUUAUAUAAAUAAAAUCGAAAAGCUUUGCUUGUUCGAAAGCAAACAACCGGAGAUAAAUCUAAGAUUUGAUAAGUAAAUCGCAUGCACACACUGCCUAUAAAUAAUGUGUAACAUACUUUUCAGUUUCUAAGAGGGAGUAAGUAAUUUGUGUGACAUCAAGUAGAAAACUAGAUUUUGCAACAGUCCUAAGAUUUUCAUGAGGAAAAUGUCAUUUAUAUAUAAAUACUCUAUAU